CCUUUCACAGUUACCUCCCUUUUCCCAAUUCGCGACAACGCACCUGGUGUAUACAUUCUUUGCUAGCUGUGUCGAUCAAUUAGAGUCAAGCUGGUGCGAGUUUUAUAAGGACGAUGACAUUCAUGUGAGAAACAGACAUCACCCGUGAUAUACGUCAAGGGCUCCUGUAUUGCUGUUAUUGUGUUCCAGAUGUCGGGAUCUGUGGCUGAGAAACCGAGUGACUUGCUGACGUGUGUAAUGUGCAAUAAUGUGUACACAGACCCCUGUACACUGAGGUGUGAUCACACAUUCUGCAGGAAAUGUGUCACAGGAUACAUCCAAACCAGACCAGAUGCUGUACAGUCCAAGACGAUCCCCUGUGCCUUCUGUCGUCAGUUUACCAAGGUCCCCCACCCUAGCAGGCCUCUGGAGGAAUGGGCGGGGCAGAUCAAACCCAGUAUCAUUAUACAGCGGCUGAUUGACAUUCAUGAACCUGAGCAUACAAGAUCAGAUAUUGCGGAUUCCCAACACUGCUAUGUUUGUUGGGAACUAGGGGAGACAACUCGUGCAGCUUUAUGGUGCCCUGACUGUGACGUUCCGCUCUGUGACAGAUGCGUUCGGACACACCGUGCAUCCCCUGCCUCUCGUGAGCAUCAGCUGUCCGAUCUUUCUUGGAGGCACAGAAUGAAAAGGAACCGGAAAUUAACGUGUACAGACCACACGGAUGAACAAGUCAAAUUUCUUUGCAUGGAUUGUAGCAAAUUGUCCUGUCAGUCGUGCAGUGUUCUUUACCAUCGGAAAUGUGAAUCUGUCCUCACGAUUAAAUCACAGCUGCCGCUGCUGAAGUCUGGAUUAUCUUUGAAAAGAAAGAUCAUGCACAACGCUCUGCAGAACAAAAGGACUAAGAAAUCCAAGCACGAAUUAAAAGUGAAACACCUGUCAGAGACGCAUCAGUUAAUACAUGCAAACAUUCAGGCAAUUACAGAAACAAUUGUUAAAAACAUAAAACUCAAGGAACAACAAUUGUUAGAUGAACUUGAUACCAUAACGAGGACCAUCACCGAUGACAUACAGGCUGUUUUGAAACACGAAGAGAUCGAGAUGCAGAUGUACAGACAACAUUGUGAGUUCAUUGACCAGGCCUUGUUAUCGGACUGUGAGAUGGACCUGUAUGACGCGUAUCAGGCCUGGGAGUUCGGAGCUGCUGACUUUGGUGAUUGUCCAGACAGAGACAAAGCAGACACACGGAGAAUAGACGACAUCAGGUUUACACCAGACACUGACAACGUCCAGCAACUCCUAGAUGACCUACUACUGGGAACGAUUGACGUCACAUAUGAGGAUGUGCAGAAACCACCUUCUUAUUGUUUGUUAUAUGAGACGAUGGACGGACGGACAGAUGUUGAUGAACGGGAACCGUACCUGCGUGAUAAUACUGUUCUUGUUGUAAACGACAUUGAAACACUCGUAGUGACCGACUGGAAUGAAAAAAGCGUGAAAUCCUUCUACACCAGGAAGGAUCAUUCAUGCCACAGCAAACUAUCCCUCAAAAACUCUCCAUUUGGAGUGGCAUAUUUGAAGGAAAACCACGUUAUCGUUACGAUCCCAAGAUCUCAUCAGAUUGUGACAAUCGGAGUGACCCCUGACUUAGAUCUGCUUUCAACCAUCGACACCAGCAAGGCGUAUUACAGUGUUGCUGUUCUGAAUCCCGCGUCUUUAGUAGCCGGUGCCAUUAACUGUGUGGACAUCUUAGAUAUGGAGGGGAAGGCUCUGAGAUGUGUCAGCGGACCUGGAGAUGAGUUACCCCUGACCUAUCCAUACUACAUCAGCGUGAGCAGCAAGGGCAACAUACUUGUGUCUGACUGUUGGAAAGGAGUAGCAAAAUGCCUGACAUCAGAGGGUGACGUUAUGUGGACAUACGCCCCUACCGAAGACAAAGCAAUCAGUGAUCCUUGUGGCAUCGUGGCAACCCGCACGGGUUAUGUUCUACUUGCAGACCGGCGUUUGAACAAGGUCGUGCAACUGACAGAGAAGGGAAGGUUUGUCCGAGAUGUAAUCACAACACGGGAUGACAUCAAGUCACCAUUGGGUCUCGCUGUGGACAGACAUGGCUCCAUAUGUGUGUGUGAUAAAGACGGCAUCAAACGCUUCAUUCUAACGUUAUGAAACUGUUACAUGUGAAUAGAACGUACAUUUGGCCUAUAUUAUCCUGUAUCCAAGACAGGAUGAUAUCAAGUCAACACUGGGGCUCUUUCUGGACAGACAUGGCUCUUAAAGUUUGUGUAAUAAAGACGGCAUCCAACGCUUUCUUCUGACGUUAUGAAACUGUAACACUUGGCGGAAACGUUAUUAUGGUACCCUAUCCUGUAUCUAAAAAUCCGUGACAAAUUGUAUUUGUAUCUGUUCUCUUGUGUCUUAAGUAUUUCGAAGACAUGCACGUGUAGGUGUGUGAGCAAAUAAAUGUCAUUUCCUGUA